GUCCCCGCGCGCACGUGCGGCGGGCGCGGAAGUGACGUCACGCGUAUGCGCGGUGGCGUCGCCAUCAUGGCGGGCCGGGGGUCCUGCCGCGUCCCGGAGCGGUGGACGGAGUACACCCCCCUGGGCCGCAGGAUGCCUGGCACGCGCUUCGUGGCCUUCAAGGUGCCCCUGAAGAAGAGCUUUGAGCAGAACCUGCUGCCAGAGGAGAGAUUCUCCCCUCGUGACCUCAUCAGGAAGGUGCAGGAGAGGAAGGAGGAGCUGGGGCUGAUCAUCGACCUGACCUACACCACGCGCUACUACGGCCGGGAGGAGCUGCCCCCCACGCUGCGCUACUGCAAGAUCCUGACCAUGGGCCACGAGAUCCCCAACAGAAAAACCUUUGUGAGGUUCAGGUACCUGGUGAGAGGGUUCCUGAUGACCAACAAGGACAACGAUAAACUCAUCGGGGUGCACUGCACACAUGGCCUGAACAGGACUGGCUACCUGGUCUGCAGGUACCUGAUUGAGGUUGAAGGCAUGGAGCCAAAUGCUGCCAUAGAAUUGUUCAACACAUCUCGAGGGCACCCCAUGGAGAGACCCAACUACAUCAGGGACCUGCAGAGGAGAGCCCCGAGCAGCUGUGAGCUGAAGAGUCUGGGCUCAGAUCUGAGGAAGGAGGGCAGUGCCCCAGGCAAGGCCCAGAAGCAGCUGGUGAAGCACCCCCAGCCCCCCCUGGCAGUGCCCAGGAGCAGCAGCAGUACCAGGCAGAGGCAGGGACAGCAGGAAAAGCUGGAGAGUCUGGAGGAGAGGAAGCAGAAAAAGCUGAAACAUCUGGAACAGAAUCACCUGGAGCAGAGGAAGCAGAAAAAGCAGAAUCAUCAGGAGCAGAAUCAUCUGGAGAUAGAGCAUCUGGAGGAGAGGAAGCAGAAAAAGCUGGAGCAUCAGGAACAGAAUAACCUGGAGCAGAGGAAGCAGAAAAAGCUGAAACAGCUGGAGACAGAGCAUUUGGAGCAGAGGAAGCAGAAUCAUCUGGAAAUGGAACAUCAGGAAAUGGAACAUCAGGAAAUGGAACAUCUGGAACAGAGGAAGCAGAAGGAGAAGAAUCACCUGGGGGAGAGGAAGCAGAAAAAGCUGGAAUGUCAGGAACAGAAUCAUCAGGAGCAGAGGAAGCAGAAGAAGCUGAAACACCUGGAGCUGGAGCAGCAGGAGCAGAGGAAGCAGAAGAAGCUGGAGCAGCAGGAGCAGAACCAUCUGGAGCUGGAGCAGCAGGAGCAGAGGAAGCAGAAAAAGCAGAAACAUCAGGAACAGAAUCACCUGGAGAAGAACCAUCUGGAAGUGGAGCAUCUGGAGGAGAGGAAGCAGAAAAAGCAAAAUCAUCUGGAGCUGGAGCAUGUGGAGGAGAGGAAGCAGAAGAAACAGAACCAUCUGGAGAUAGAGCAUCUGGAGGAGAGGAAACAGAAAAAGCUGGAGCAUCAGGAGCAGAGGAAGCAGAAAAAGCCAGAACAUCUGGAGCAGAAUCAUCUGGAGAUGGAGCAUCAGGAGCAGAGGAAAAAGAAGCAGCAGAAACAUCUGGAGCAGAAUCAUCUGGAGAUGGAGCAUCAGAAGCAGAGGAAGCAGAAUCAUCUGGAGCAGAAUCAUCUGGAGCAGGAGCAUCAGGAGCAGAGGAAGCAGAAAAAGCCACAACUCCAAGAGCAGGAGCAUCAGGAGCAGAGGAAGCAGAAAAAGCUGGAACAUCUGGAGCAGAAUCAUCUGGAGAUGGAGCAUCAGGAGCAGAGGAAAAAGAAGAAGCAGAAACAUCUGGAGCAGAAGAAACAGAAUCAUCUGGAACAGAACCAUCUGGAGAUGGAGCAUCAGGAGCAGAGGAAGCAGAAUCAUCUGGAGCAGGAGCAUCAGGAGCAGAGGAAACAGAAAAAGCUGGAACAUCUGGAGCAGGAGCAGAGGAAGCAGAAAAAGCUGGAACAUCUGGAGCAGGAGCAUCAGGAGCAGAGGAAAAAGAAGAAACAGAAACAUCUGGAGCAGAAGAAGCAGAAUUAUCUGGAGCAGAACCAUCUGGAGGUGGAGCAUCAGGAGCAGAGGAAAAAGAAACAGAAACACCUGGAGCAGGAAAAGCCAGAACACCUGGAGCAGAACCAUCUGGAGGUGGAGCAUCAGGAGCAGAGGAAGCAGAAAAAGCCACAGCUCCAGGAGCAGAGGAAGCAGAAAAAGCCAGAACAUCUGGAGCAGAACCAUCUGGAGAUGGAGCAUCAGGAGCAGAGGAAAAAGAAACAGAAACACCUGGAGCAGGAGAAGCCAGAACAUGUGGAGCAGGAGCAUCAGGAGCAGAGGAAGCAGAAGAAGCUGCGUAAGAGGCAGCAGAAGAAGCAGAAUGAUCUGGAACAGAAUGAUCUGGAACAGAGCCAUCAGGAGCAGGGGGCCAUGGAGCUGCCCUGCCCUGUGCCCCCCAGGAACUGCUGUCCCUCCCCACCCCCCAAGAGGAAGAAGAAGAAGCAGCACCAGGAGCUGUGUCCCCCCCAGAGCCCCCAGGCCAGGAAGCCCCAGCUGGGCCAGCAGGACAUGUCCUGACAGAGCUCCACCAGGAGAACCCUGCAGGAGCUGCCCAGGGCUGGUUUUAAUCUCAUUUUUAUUCCGAUUUUUAACCUGUUUUUUCUCACUGCCCACAGCUCUGGUGCUUUUCCACCAGGAGAACCCUUCAGGGAGCAGCUGGGCCCGGCAGGAGCUGCCAGGCAGCAGGUUUUUUAAAAAAUCAGGGCUGGUUUUUAAUCAGGUUUGUCUCACAGGUCUGUGCUUUUACAGGAAUUUUUUCAUCGUGUGCUGUGACUGAUCCCUGAGCGAUGCUGGAAUAAUCCUAAAGAAACAUCCUCAGGUACCCCUGGACCUUCAACAAAACGGGAUUUUGUUGAUUUCCCCAGGGCAAGGAACGGGACUGGCCAUGAAAAUCCAGAUUUUUAUUCUCUUUUUUUACCCAUUUCUGCUAAUGGGUAAAAUCAGCAAACUUUUUUUACCCGAGUAAAGAAUUUUUACUUUUGCUAAAGUAAAUUUCCACGCUGUGCAAACUCCA